GUUUGGAGGGUGAGUAGGCGAGCUCCGGUCAUGUAACAUGAUGUUUGGAAGCGUGAUCUCUGUAACAUGCUCCGCUCCUUGUCUCUGCAGUGCUGGACGUGCAGCGUGUUUCGGGAGCUGUAAGUGCGGUCUCCUCACCAUGGCCACCUGGCUCGUGGGCCUUUGGCUGGUACUGGCCGGGCUGAGCUGUGUCCCUGCAGAGCAAGUUCCUCGCAUCACCUUCCAGCGAGGAGACCCCACCAGACCUGUGAGCACGUUCAGCCUGGAGAACGUGCGCAACUAUAACCAGUUCCACCUCAGCAACGACCAGGAGAAGCUGUAUGUGGGCGCCAGGGACAAUGUCCUCUCCUUCAGCAUCAAGGAGUCGGGGAGCAUCCAGCUACUGAAGCAGAUCCUCUGGCCGUCCAGCCCAGCACACAUCUUUAACUGCGUACAAAAGGCAAAGAGCAACGAGACCGACUGCUUUAACUUUAUCCGGAUCUUGCUUCCUGUGAACGACACUCACCUGUAUACCUGCGGCACCAACUCCUUCAGCCCCAUCUGCUCCUACAUCGAUCUUGAAACCUUUUCGUUUGUCACGAACAUCAAAGGAGAAAUUGUCACCGUCGACGGCAAAGGCCAGUCACCCUUUGACCCCCAGCACAAACACACUGCUGUGGUAGUAGAUGGGGAGCUCUACACCGGGACCACAAACAACUUCCAAGGGAACGAACCAAUUAUCUUCCGGAACCUGGGAAGCAGAACCUACCUGAAGACAGACGCGUCCCUGGGCUGGCUGCACUCCGAUGCUUCGUUCGUGGGAUCGUUUAAUUUGCCCGGCCACGCAGUGGACAGUAAGGUGUAUUUCUUCUUCGAAGAGACCGCCAGAGAGUUUGACUUCUUUGAAAAGCUGACGGUGUCGCGGGUAGCGCGGGUCUGCAAGAAUGAUGUUGGAGGGGACAAGGUUCUCCAGAAGAAGUGGACGACAUUCCUCAAGGCCCAGCUGAUCUGCUCCCAUCCCGACGGCUUCCCUUUCAACGUCCUCCAUCACGUGGCUGUACUGCGUCCGGACGAUCCCGAGCUCAGCACGUUCUUUGGUGUGUUCAGUGCCCAAUGGCAAGUUGGAGGCUCCAGCAGCUCCGCGGUCUGCUCCUAUAGGCUGAAGGACAUAGAAAGAGUGUUCAAUGGAAACUAUAAGGAACAGAACAAGGAGAGCUCAAGGUGGACGACGUACACAGGAAUCGUGUCAAACCCGCGUCCUGGCAGUUGCAUCUCGGGGAAGUUCUCCGACACGGACCUGAACUUCAUGAAAGACCAUUUCCUGAUGGACGAAAAGGUCUCUCCGCCUGGACGGGUCCCUCUGCUCAUCAAACAGAGCGUGCAAUACACGCAGAUCGCCAUCGAUUCGGUGCAGGGCAUCUCCAGACACAACUACACCGUCAUGUUCCUGGGCACAGAUAAAGGCUUCUUGCACAAGGUUGUCCUGGUGAAUGGCAGAGAGUCGCAUAUCAUUGAGGAACUGGAGGUCCUGGCCAACCAGGAGCCCGUCCAGAGCCUCCUCCUGGUCCCCGGCAAGAGGGUCCUGUACAUCGGUUACUCCUCCGGCAUCGCCCAGGUGCCCCUCGCCAACUGCAGUGUGUACACCAGCUGUUUUGACUGUAUUUUGGCCAGAGACCCUUACUGCGCAUGGGACGGAGAGAGCCACAAGUGCAGAGGAGUCCAGAAUAAGCCCAGCACAAACAGCGAGCUAUGGUUACAGGACGUGGAGUCCGGAAACCCCAACAGCACCUGCCUGAGCCCUGAGCCAAAAGGCAGAGCUUCCAGACCGACGCAGGACUCGGACACCAAACUGGUGCGAGUUGCAAGCUACACAGUCUCCUAUAACACUAUACUGAAGCUGCACUGCCCCCAACUGUCUGCCCUGGCCACCUACAGCUGGAGGCAUCCAAUGCUCAAACCCUCCAACAAGCAGAUGAUCGCUUCCAAGGACACGCUGGUGAUCAUCGUUAAGAGCGACACCUUGGGGCUGUACGAGUGCUGGGCAUCGGAGAACGGAUUCACCUACCUGGUGGCCAAGUAUUGGGUCAAAGACCCCAGCGGGGUGGACGUGAGACAUAAGAAUUCCCCCAACACGGAUGACAGCAACAAGGCCCUACAGGACAAUGACGUGGAGAUGUCACCGAGCAGCGACAACCGCAGUUACUACACCCAGUUUGUGGUGGUCACCGUCUUGCUGGUUUCGACCAUCUGCGUGAUCUUAGGCUUUGCCCUGUAUGGCUGGCGAGACAAGCUAAAGGCCAAGACUAAAAUUCAGGGGUGCAGCACCCCGGAGACAGAAAAACUGUCUGCCGCCAAAGCCCAGGGGAACCCAGGACAAAAUGGGGUCUACCAAAGCGACAGGGACGUUGCCAAGGUGUGCUGCGUGCCUCUGAGUGGGGCAGACGGCAAGAUGGACCUGGAUAACAACAGCGUGAAACUCCGGUCGUCCCAUGGCGGGGCCGAGGAUGCGUCGGAUGUCUAAGUGUCGUCGAUCGCCAUCGCUUGUGUCUUCGGUUUGUUGAUGUCUCUCGUUACAUUCCACGUGGCAGGAGUUUGAGGUCACCCUGCCCUUCCUUUGCUGAUCGCAACCAACGCGGGAUCUCCAAAGGGAUCUACGAUUCAGACGUCAACAUGCGCGCAGCACACCGGAGGAGCGCGCUCGGCCAUGGACUUCUGCUUUUAUUCUGUAAGGUGUUUUAUAAUGUGAACAGCAGCACAAGUUCCGCCAGACCCAAGAUGUUUAGUAAAUGCCCAAGACUGCGCAAAAAAAAACCCCUCGGCCUGGACUGUUCCCAGGACUGGGGGGGUGGACUGGGGCCAGCGUCGUUCCGGUGCUUUGGGUGAUAGGAGUUGUACUGUAAAGGCUGGCUUCUGUUUGGGUCCCUCACUUACAUAAAUGUGAAGCUCCGGUGAAGAGCAGGUACCGGACUCCGUAUCAGGGCAUCCUGUAUGAUUAACCCUGUCUUCUCCUGUCACAGAGUAGCCUGCAUCUAUGGCAGGGGUCAUCAUUUUUCGGGGGAUACCCUGAAUUCCACACCCUAUCAGUAUUAUGGGGGGGCCACGUCCAAUUCCAUGUGCCACCCACCAUGCUUUGUGUAUAUUUUGGUUUUAUUUAUGUACAAUUAAAAUGACAUUUUUAAUGUUUCUCUGUAAACAA